AUAAGAGAGGGUGGGAGCGUAACCGCGAAGUCGCUUCUUCUUCUUCUUCCCUUAUUUCCUUUUUUUCUUUCCAUUCACAGAACGGAAAGCAAUGCUGUAAUCCCAAUGGCGCGUUCUGCUCCAGCAUGUUCUUCUCUCUCUAACCUCACAUCCUCCACUCUCAUUCCCUCCUUCAAACCUCACCCCUUGCUGUCCUUCAUCUCCGUCUCCGUCUCUUUCAAGCCCAAGCGCUCCCCCAAUCGGCUUCGAGUUCGUGCAACUGCCACUCUUGAAUCCGGAAAUGGUGCUGUUUCUGUCUCCCCCGAGAAGGAUCAAACCAACCCCUACGGAAGGCGGUAUUUCCCUUUAGCGGCCGUCGUUGGACAGGAUGCUAUCAAAACUGCUCUUCUUCUUGGGGCAAUUGACCGUGAAAUUGGAGGUAUUGCUAUAUCUGGAAAGAGAGGAACAGCCAAAACAGUGAUGGCACGUGGGUUGCAUGCGGUUCUGCCGCCAAUUGAAGCAGUUGCUGGUUCAAUUGCAAAUGCUGAUCCAGCUUGCCCAGAAGGGUGGGAAGACGGACUAGUUGACAAAGUCGAAUAUGACUCUGCCAGUAAUGUCAAGACUAAGAUUGUCAGAUCUCCUUUUGUACAGAUUCCCCUUGGUGUCACAGAAGAUAGACUUAUUGGAUCUGUUGAUGUUGAGGAGUCUGUGAAAACUGGAACAACUGUUUUCCAGCCAGGCCUUCUUGCUGAAGCUCAUAGAGGAGUUCUAUAUGUUGAUGAGAUUAAUCUGUUAGAUGAGGGUAUUAGUAAUUUGCUUCUAAAUGUGUUAACUGAGGGAGUUAAUAUUGUGGAAAGAGAGGGGAUAAGCUUUCGGCACCCAUGCAAGCCACUUUUGAUUGCUACUUACAACCCAGAAGAGGGUGCUGUCAGGGAACAUUUACUUGACAGGAUUGCAAUCAAUUUGAGUGCAGAUCUUCCAAUGAGUUUUGAAGAUCGUGUUGCAGCAGUUGGAAUUGCUACACAGUUUCAGGAACAAAGCAGUGAUGUUCUAAAAAUGGUUGAGGAGGAAAUGGAUUAUGCAAAGACUCAGAUUAUCUUGGCAAGAGAGUAUUUGAAGGAUGUUACUAUCAGCAGAGAGCAAUUGAAGUAUCUUGUUUUGGAAGCCCUUCGAGGUGGUUGCCAGGGACAUAGAGCGGAGCUAUAUGCUGCCCGUGUUGCCAAAUGCUUGGCUGCUUUAGAAGGACGUGAUAAAGUCAAUGUGGAAGAUCUGAAGAAAGCUGUUGAACUUGUCAUUCUUCCUCGGUCAAUAAUCAAUGAGAACCCACCUGACCAGCAAAAUCAACAACCUCCACCUCCCCCACCCCCUCCACAAGACCAAGAUUCUUCUGAGGAGCAGAAUGAAGAGGAAGAACAAGAGGAUGAAAAUGAUGAAGACAAUGAGCAACAACAGGAGCAAAUACCAGAGGAGUUUAUCUUUGAUGCAGAAGGGGGUCUGGUAGAUGAGAAACUCCUCUUCUUUGCACAACAAGCACAGAGACGCCGAGGAAAAGCUGGGAGGGCAAAGAAUGUUAUAUUUUCAGAGGAUAGAGGCCGUUAUAUCAAACCAAUGCUUCCAAAGGGUCCUGUAAGGAGAUUAGCUGUUGAUGCAACUCUUAGGGCAGCUGCACCAUAUCAGAAGUUGCGAAGGGAGAAGGAUACUCAAAAGACUAGGAAAGUUUUUGUAGAGAAAACAGACAUGAGAGCUAAAAGAAUGGCACGAAAAGCAGGAGCGCUGGUAAUAUUUGUGGUUGAUGCUAGUGGAAGUAUGGCAUUGAACCGCAUGCAAAAUGCAAAAGGAGCUGCACUUAAAUUACUGGCAGAGAGCUAUACAAGCAGAGAUCAGGUUUCUAUCAUUCCUUUCCGUGGGGACUCUGCAGAAGUUCUGUUGCCUCCUUCCAGGUCAAUUGCAAUGGCUAGAAAACGUCUUGAGAGACUUCCAUGCGGUGGAGGUUCCCCUCUAGCUCAUGGGCUUACCACGGCUGUCAGGGUUGGCCUAAAUGCAGAGAAAAGUGGCGAUGUUGGACGAAUAAUGAUCGUUGCAAUCACUGAUGGUAGAGCCAACAUAUCACUGAAAAGAUCCACUGAUCCUGAAGCUGCCACAUCUGAUGCACCUAGACCUUCUGCCCAAGAAUUGAAGGAUGAGAUUCUUGAAGUGGCGGGUAAGAUAUACAAAGCUGGGAUGUCUCUCCUUGUCAUUGACACGGAAAACAAGUUUGUCUCCACAGGCUUUGCCAAAGAGAUUGCAAGAGUUGCUCAAGGGAAGUAUUACUACUUGCCAAAUGCUUCAGAUGCUGUUAUAUCAGCCACCACCAGAGAAGCUUUAUCUGCUUUGAAGAGCUCUUGAUCUCUUCUUAUUCCAGUUUUGUGCAGCCACAUUUUGAGUAAUUCCUGUGUUCUGUUAAGUAAUUUCCCUUUGAGAUCCUGAGAAAUUAAGGCUGUAUUUUUUUUAUUUUUUAAUUUUUAA